AUGUCUCUGCCCGGCCACCUCCUGCCUGCCUUGGUCCUGCUCCUGGCAAGGUCCCCGGGCUGGGCCUGGGUCCCCAGCCGCUGCAGACCCCCCCGCGAGGCCGUGUGCAACUUCGUGUGUGACUGCAGGGGCUGCCCUGACGAGGCCCAGUGCGGUUACCACGGGGCCUCACCCACCCUGGGCGCCCCCUUCACCUGCGACUUCGAGCAGGACUCCUGUGGCUGGCUGGACAUCAGCACCUCAGGCUACCGCUGGCUCCGAGACCGGGCAGGGGCAGCGCCGGAGGGUCCAGGGCCGCGCUCGGACCACACUCUGGGCACUGACCUCGGCUGGUAUGCGGCUGCUGGCACACACCGUGGGAGAGAGGCGGCCACCGCAGUCCUGCGUUCCCCAACCCUGCACGAGGCAGCCCCCUCCUGCGAGCUGAGCCUCUGGUACCACGUGGCCUCUGGAGGUGUGGCCGAGCUGCGGCUGGAGCUGACCCAUGGUGCGGAGACACUGACCCUGUGGCGGAGCUCGGGGCCCUGGGUCCCAGGCUGGCAGGAGCUGGUGGUGCCCACCGGCCGCAUCCAGGGUGACUUCAGGGUGACCUUCUCUGCCACCCGAAACGCCACCCGCAGGGGUGCUGUGGCCUUGGAUGACGUGGCCUUCUGGAGCUGUGGGCUGCCCACCCCGCAGGCGCACUGCCCCCUGGGGCAUCACCAUUGCCAGAACAGGGCCUGCGUGGAGCCCCACCAGCUGUGCGACGGGGAGGACAACUGCGGGGACCGCUCAGACGAGGACGCGCCCCCCUGCAGACACCACACGGCCACCGACUUUGAGAGGGGCCUGGGCCUGUGGAACCACUCAGAGGGCUGGUCCCGGAACCACAGUGUGGGCGGCCCGCAGCACCCUGCCUGGCCGCACCGUGACCACAGCCGGAACAGCGCGCAGGGCUUCUUCCUGGUGUCUGUGGCCGAGUCCAGGGCCCCAGCCAUCCUCUCCAGCCCCGAGUUCCAGGCCUCGGCCCCCAAGAACUGCUCGCUCACCUUCUAUCACUACCUGCACGGGUCUGAGGCCGGCUGCCUCCAGGUGUUCCUGCAGACGCAGAGCCCUGGGGCCCCCCAGCCCACCGUCCUGCUGCGCGGGCGCCACGGGGAACUGGGGGCCGCCUGGGUCCGAGACCGCGUUGACAUCCAGAGCGAGCACCCCUUUCGGAUUCUCCUGGCCGGGCACACGGGCCCGGGGGGCGUCGUGGGCCUGGAUGACCUCAUUCUGUCUGACCACUGCAAGCCAGUCCCAGAGGUGGCGGGCCCACCCCCCGGGCUCUGGGCUCCGGGUCCCUGGUCCCAGGUGUCCAGCCUGCAGCCCUGGAAUUUCUGCGAGCCCGGACAUCUCUUUUGUGGGGACCUGUGUGUUCCCCCGGAGCAGCUGUGUGACUUCCAGCAGCAGUGCCCUGGGGGCGAGGACGAGCAGGAAUGCGGCACCACGGACUUCGAGUCCCCCUCGGCCGGGGGCUGGGAGGAUGCCAGCGUGGGGCGGCUGCAGUGGGUGCGUCUCCCGGCCCGGGACAGCGGGAGCCCUGGCGUGGACGCCGCCGGCGCGGCCGCUGGGCACUUCCUGUCCGUGCAGAGGGCCUGGGGGCAGCUGGCAGAGCAGGCCCGUGUCCUCACACCCACCCUGGGCCCCUCUGGCCCCCGCUGUGCACUCCACAUGGCUUACUAUCUUCAGAGUCACCCCCAAGAGAUCUCCUGUAACUUUGAGCGGGGCACCUGCGGCUGGCACACGGGCCACCUCACAGACGCCCACUGGCACCGGGUCGAGAGCCGUGGCCCUGGGUACGACCACACCACGGGCCGAGGCCACUUCAUGCUCCUCGACCCCACGGAACCCCCAGCCCAGGGCCCCGGUGCCCACCUGCUCACCCAGCCCCAGACACCCGCAGCCGCUCAGGAGUGCCUCUCCUUCUGGUACCACCUCUACGGGCCCCAGACCGGGACUCUGCGCCUGGCGAUGAGGCGAGAAGGGGAGGGAGAAAGGCACCUGUGGUCGCGGUCUGGCACCCACGGCAACCGCUGGCAUGAGGCCCGGGCCACCCUCCACCACCCGCAGGACUCCAGCGCCAAGUACCAACUGCUGUUCGAGGGCCUCCGGGACGGGUACCACGGCACCAUGGCACUGGACGAUGUGGCUGUGCGGCCCGGGCCCUGCUGGGCCCCCAAGCGCUGCUCCUUCGAGGACUCGGCCUGCGGCUUCUCCACGGGGGGCCGGGGCCUCUGGACACGCCAGGCCAACGCCACGGGCCAGGGGGCCUGGGGCCCCCCUGCAGACCACACCACAGAGACGGCUCAGGGGCACUACAUGCUGGUGGACAUGAGCCCGCAGGCCCUGCCCCGUGGCCACGUGGCUUCCCUGAUUUCAGAGGAGCACAGGCCCCUGGCCCAGGCCGCCUGCCUGACCUUCUGGUACCACCUGAGCCUCCGCAACCCAGGCACCCUGAGGGUCCACGUGGAGGAGGCUGAGAGGAGGCAGGUGCUCAGCAUCAGCGCGCACGGAGGGUUUGCCUGGCGCCUGGGCAGCGUGGACUUGCAGGCCGGGCGGGCCUGGAGGGUGGUAUUUGAGGCCGUGGCCGCCGGCGUGGAGCGCUCCUACGUCGCGCUGGACGACCUGCUCCUCCAGGACGGGCCCUGCCCUCGGCCAGCUUCCUGUGACUUUGAGGCUGGUCUGUGUGGCUGGAACCAUCUGCCCUGGCCUGGCCUGGGCCGGUACAGCUGGGACUGGAGCAGUGGAGCCACGCCCUCCCGCUACCCCCAGCCCCCUGUGGACCACACCCUGGGCACAGAGGCAGGCCACUUUGCUCUCUUCGAAACGGGCGUGCUGGGCCCGGGGGGCCGAGCGGCCUGGCUGCGCAGCCAGCCACUGCCCGCCACCGAGGCCUCCUGCCUCCGCUUCUGGUACCACAUGGGCUUUCCUGAGCGUUUCUACAAGGGCGAGCUGAGGGUGCUCCUGAGCAGCGCCCGGGGUCAGCUGGCCGUGUGGGGCGCGGGCGGGCGCCUGCGGCACCAGUGGCUGGAAGGCCAGGUGGAAGUGGCCAGCACCGAGGAGUUCCAGAUCGUGUUUGAAGCCACUCUGGGCGGCCAGCCGGCCCUGGGGCCCAUUGCCCUGGAUGAUGUUGAGUACCUGGCCGGGCAACGUUGCCAGCUGCCUACAGCCAGCCAGGGAAACACAGCAGUGGCCACGUUGGUGCCAGCUGUGGUUGGCGGCACCCUCCUCCUCCUCACGCUGCUGCUGCUGCUGCGUGGACUCGUGGGACGGCGCUGGCCGCAGAAGGGGGGCUGCCCCUCCUGCGGCGAGACGGACACCGCGGCCCCCAGCUUUGACAACAUCCUCUUCAACGCGGACCAUGUCACCCUGCCAGCAUCGGUCACCAACGACCAGUAGGUGACGCAGAGAAGACCCCGGCUCCUCACCUGAGCUCCCUGCCUUGCCCAGCAGCCUGGCCCAGGGACCGACAGCUUCCCCACCCCCCAGGACACGUCGAGUACCUGCAUCCCUCACCCUCACGGGGCUGCACCUACACACCCCAGCAAUAAGUGCCCCGGCCCACAGGGGACACCCCCGCUGGCCAGCCAAGGUUGAGGUCUGCGCGUCCCGCUCUGCCUGUCAGCAGGAAGCAGGGGCUCCUCGGGCGCCCCAGA